AUGUGUUCAAUCAGAGAUUUUUUUCCUGUUGAAUAUAGAACCAGUGGAGUUAAGCCAAAGAAAAAUUUUAUUCAAGAGAAUAAAAAAUAUGUGACUAAGUUAGCUAAAGGCACUCAAUCGUCCAAAGAAAAUUUAAACCCGUCAAAUAAAUUAGCAUGCACCAAUAUUCAGAAUUUCAAGUUGAGACAAGGGCCAAGUAAAGAAAUCAUCCCAGAAAAUUCAAAAAAUAAAAUAAAGUCUAUAGAUUUAGAUAAAAUUGAUGCUAGUAUUAGAUCAAUUCGUUCUGCAAUAGCUCAAACUAAGAUUACUCAAAAAAAAUUAGAAAUCAAAAAUGUUGAAAAAAUAUCAUUAGCUUUUAGAGAUCAAGCUACACAAACAGUAAAUCCAUUUGAAAUAGAAGAUAAUUGUAUCAGAUAUCCAAUGUCAGAGACUUCAGAUAUGGCUAAAAUCAAUCAAACAAAACAUGUUAACACCAUCUCUGUGCAAACUGAAAGUUCUGAAUCAGAGUAUUCUAAUUGUAUGUCUAACAAAAAUGUUAAGUCAAUACAUCGACAGGACAUCAAUUCCAAAAAGAAACAACAAAAUUCAGUUAAAUUUAAAGAAAACAUAAUGGGUCAUCAUCAACCUGGAGAAAUACCAAAAUACCUGAAAGAUCGAAAAGCACUAAAAGAAAAAAAUGAGAAGGAAACACAAAAGAAAUUGGCAAUUAGGCGUGAAUUGGGUAUUGAUGAUCCAGCAUGUCCUCCUGGUCAUAUAUUAUUACCAGAAACUGAACGUUUGGACCAUCUAACUAAAAUAAAAAAAGAUUACAAUCAAUUGGUUAUGCAGUUAAAUAUGUUGCCUGUCGCUUCAGAUUCAUAUAAAAUGAAAGAAAAACGUAAAUAUAUAGAAAAAGAAUUAGAUCAAGUACAAUUAGGUAUUAAACUAUUUUCUAAAGAUAAAUUAUAUGUUAAGGUUAAUCAAAAUAUUGCUGCUUCUUACAAAUAGUUAAAAUAAUUUUAUCAAAUAAAUAAAACCAAUAACUGUAGCGUAUUAUUGCAUUACAGAACUAUGUAUUAAAAAAAUAUUAACUAGAACUUAAACUGUCGAAUUAUUUUUAAGAAAU